AUGAAUCGUGAGCGCGUACAGAAAGUCAAUCACGAAGCAUACACCCUGCUAAAGGACAUCGGCAAUAGUCAGAACCGGUUUAGUCCUAAGGUAGCAACCUUCCUUCAAAGUGUGAGAGAGCUUACCAAGGACUUCCUAUCGACACCCUUGAAUGACUGGCAGGAAGAGCUAGGCGCACUCCGCAAGAAGAUUUAA